AUGCCGUCGGCGAUGGUGCAGGAGGGCAUCAAACAUCUGUGCGACGAGAUGCCCACCAUGCCCGGCUGUACAGUCCAGCGGGUCUGCGCUGAUGAAGCCAAGAAGGUCGGAGCCAGCCCCUACUGCAAGGAGUUCUCCAUCUUGAAAGAUCUCUGCGUGGACAUGCCCAACAUGGCCGGUUGUGCCAACUACUCCUCAAUGUGCUCCAACGAGUCAGUUGUCCAGCAGUGCCAGUCCAAGGCCUUGCCCUUGCCUUCGACCAUGGCCACGUCGGACCUGAUUGAGCAGAUGUGUGGCGAAAUGACUAUGGCCGACUGCGACCGCUGCCAGAAGCAGGGUUCCCUGUUGCAGUGUGACCUGCUCCUGGUCUACAGCGACCUCUGUCUGUCAAUGCCUGAGAUGAGCGGCUGCAAGGCGUGGAAGGAGAUGUGUGCUGCUCUGCCGAGCUGGUCACUCUGUCCAUCGUCAGCCAACCCUGGAGGCAGUGCUGCGGCGCGCAUGGCGGACAUGUACUACCAGUCGCUCUUCCUUACCCAGCUUUUCCGGUGGUGA